AUUUCCAUUUACAGGCAAAUUAAUACAAUGUUUAUUACCAGAAAAGUUGUUCUCAGCGCCAAUCGUCGGAAUUAUCAGCCUUCCAUCACAUAUUUUUUCAGUACUGUAAUUAAGGGUGGCACGCCACCUGAGAAGCUAAGCCUGAAAGGCGGAACCCUAGAAGGGUCUCAAGGUGGCUAUGGUGGUCCCGAAACCUCCACCACCAUAAACCAGACGGUCGAGAGCCCGCAUGGCGGUAGGCCCCACGAUCACCGCCAAGGGAAGGAUAACGACCCUGCCGGUGACGUGGCAAGGUCCUUGGCGGAGACCGCCAAGGCAGGGUUCGUUGGGGCCAUGGAGACGGGGAUGAAGCUCGGUGACAUUGCGAAACGGACAGCCGACGACAUGUGGGACUCGGCAAGGAAGACAGCUCAGGACCUCCGGGACACGGUGGCUGAGGAGAAGGAGAAGGGGGAUCGACCACGUGGCUUUUAGGGUAUGAAUCGGUUAUUGUUGUUUGCUUUUAGGGUUUUGAUUGAAUUUGGUGUGUUUUAGUACUUGGUUUAUUUUAUUGAGAGUUGUAUGAUUUGAUACAUUGGUGCGUCUUGGUACUAUAAUCUCUUCUAAAAAUGAUAAGGGAAGUAAUAUGAACAAUUCAUUUUGAUUUUGGUUUUGGUUUUGGAUUUGUUUUGAGGGCAUAAUUAGUGUAGUGCAAAUGAAGGGUUAUUCUUUUUUACGGGACAACUAAGUCUCGUGGGGAAUGAUUUCCUCAAUUUAAU